AUGAAUCUGCAGGUGGUCGAGAUGUGUAUACCGACACAGACUGCUGAAGGUUUGUGUUCAAUUCUCAGAUUUUUCAUGUUAUUUUUGAGUUUAAUAUGAGCAAUUUGUAGAUAUAGUUUGAUGUGAGUAAUCUAUAGAUCAUGAUGAACAUCAGUAAGAUAUGAGCAAUCUAAAAAUUUCAGACGUAGCAACCACAUCAACCCCGAGUACAAGUACGACCACCACCACAACUACCACCACCACGACCACAACCACAACCACAACCACACCAGCCCCAAUCUGUCUUGACUCAACAUGGACACUUUUCGACCGAGGAACCUAUUUCUGGUGUAUGAAAAUCUAUCGUGGCUCAAUUCUUGGAUCACAAGCUGCAGCGGGAUGCGCUACUUUGGACGCUUCAGCUGUUCCUACGGGAUUUCAAAACACAGCUGAAAUCUCAACAAUAAUGGGUGUAGCGGCCGCUGAAGUUCCCGGCUGGUAUUAUCUUUUCAUCGGUGCUUAUAGAACUAUGGCUUGUGAAGCAGUUGUGGAUGUUGAUGCAACUUGCACUUAUCUCAACUCGUUUACCUGGACAGAUCCGUAUACUUCUGGAACUGAUGGUUUUAAUUGGCGACCUGGGCAACCGGAAAAUGGUUUAGCACCGUAUGGAAAAUAUCAAAUGUAUUGUUUGGUUAAUACUGAUGGAUACUUGGAUGAUACUUUUUAUGAUGAAUAUUUUCCGGGAGCUGUUUGUGGAAUGCUAGCCACUUAG